GUAAGGUUUUGAAGAGCUGCCAGACACGUCACGUCACGUUGAUUUGUUUGAUUAAAAUAAGAGAAAAAGCGAAGAUAAAUUGAUUUGCGGCGGUAUCAAUCGAUCCGUAGUCGGUAGCCCGAAAAGUAUAACUAAUCCGCAAAUUGAAGGAAACGAGGCAGAGCGAUCGGCGGAGCGGGCAAGGAAGAGAGAGCGAGAGAAACUGGGAGCUGCACGGGUGAAAUUUCGUGGUUGCGGUACCCCCGGACCUGACCCCCCAUAAUAUAUCCAUACUGCUGGCGAGGCAAGAUGCUGUGUAUACAAUAUUAGCGAUUAUCGAAAGCAGGCAGCGCAUGUGCCGGCAUCCGAGAAAACACAAACUAUUUAAUAUUUAAGCUUUUGUAAACAAAUUCUGGAGCGGAGUGAAGAGGAGAGCAAGGUCAAACAAACUGACGGAUACCUGGUGAAUAGGUUUCGUUUCGUUUCGCCGCAAGCGCCAGUAAUACCGCACAGCUUGCAAUGGCCACAACGUUUGAGAGCCAGCUGUUGCCCAACGGCAGUCUGUCCAGGAAUGGCAAGACGAAAACGGAGGAGGAGGAGGUGGAUGUUGCAGCCAAAGCAAGUGCAGGUGCUGGAUUAGCACGAACAGGACAUCCUCCCACAUCCGGCACGUUUAUGAAACUGAAAACCUAUCUCCUAGCUCUGCGUCCCUGGUCGCUGUCCGCCAGUCUGGUGCCUACGCUCCUCGGCUCGGCCCUGGCCUACCGAUCCCAGUGGGCGGCGGAGUUUUCGCUGGCCACCUUCUUCCUCACCGCCUUCACCGUGGUCACCGUCCACUGCGCCGGCAACGUGGUCAACACCUACUUCGACUUUAUCAAGGGCAUCGACAAGCAAAAGGCCGACGACCGCACGCUGGUGGACCACAUACUAACCAAGGAUGAGGUGGUUUCACUUGGUGCCAUUCUGUAUAUGGCCGGCUGCGGGGGCUUUGUUUUGCUGGCGGUUCUCAGUCCGGCAAAAAUGGAGCAUCUGGCGCUGAUUUACUUCGGUGGAUUGUCCUCGAGUUUUCUGUACACAGGAGGCAUCGGUUUCAAAUACAUCGCCCUGGGUGACCUGGUGAUAUUGGUACUCUUCGGACCAAUUUCGGUGCUUUUUGCCUUCAUGUCACAAACGGGCCAUGUGGACUGGACAACGAUGGGCUAUGCGAUUCCUUUGGCCCUCAACACGGAGGCCAUUCUGCACAGCAAUAAUACCAGAGAUGCGGACAACGAUCGUCGCGCUGGAAUCGUAACGCUAGCCAUUUUGAUAGGACGCACUGCCUCGCACGUUUUGUACGCCAUGCUGCUCUUCGCUCCCUACUCGCUGUUCUUCAUCUUCGGCUUGAAGUACUCCCUGUGGUUCCUGCUGCCACUGGUGACCCUGCCACAAGCUUUCCAGAUCGAAAAGCGUUUCCGCAACGAGCAGACGAUGCACCUGGUGCCAAGGCAAACGGCCAAGCUGAACUUCUUCUUUGGCAUCCUGUACAUCGUGGCCUGCUGUUGUGCCCAACAGCUGCCCACCUUUGGAUUACGGAAACAUUGAUAGAUGAAAGCAACGUACGGAUCUUGCAGAAAAACAGAAUCAGAGAGAAACUGGUGCAAUGUUUUUAGGGAAUUUCAUUAGGUUUUAGUCAAUGUGUGUAGUGAGAAGGGUGGGCAAAGCUUUGUCAAUUACCCACAGUUUGAUGUUGCGCAAAUUUCGAAUGCCUGCUAGUCGCCCGUUAGAGUCUAAACUUUUGAACUGAACAUAUCCUAGCCUAAAUUGUUCGAAAAUUUGUUUAUUACCUACUAUAUCCACACCAACUCGUUUUUAUUUAUUUCACAAUGUCACAAUCUUUAAUCUUAACCAAUCAAGAACUCAAUGUAAUUAAUAAUCAUACUCUUCCUCUCGCGCGUUGGGAAUUACGGACCAAGAAAGUUUUGUGCAACAGUAAUCAGUAAUGCUAAUGCAGAUCCCAUUUUAUAUUAUUAUUAAAUAAAUGUAUAUCACCACAUUCAUACGGGUGCAGAUACUUAAGUUUCGCGAAUCAAAAUGCAGAUUUACUUUACGAAUAGAAGUGCUUGGAAAUGCAGCUGAGUUGAACGUUUUUUGGCAUUUGGCUGGCUUGCUUUUUGUGUAAUUGUUAGAGUUUUUACAUAUAUUAUAUACACGAACACGAGCAUAUAUUUAUAUACACAUCUAGAUCAUGUAAGCCCAGUGUCUAGCGGCAGGCUCAGAGUGAGAAUAUCAAAGGAAACAUUAAGUAAAACGAAACGAACAGAACACAAAUUUAAAUUUUUAAAUAACUAUAUACGUAGAUGUCGAGGCGAAAGGAGCAACAACUGUUUUCCAUUAACAAUAGCGUAUGCAUAUAAACAAAUAGCUUUAAAUAACAAACAGAACAGAAGAGAGAAGAAAGCCAAAACCUAAUCGCAUUAUAAUCCAUUGUGUAACUGAAAAAUUGUGCGGCAAUAUUUAUUUGUGCGCUAGUUUUAUGUAUAUUCAUUCAUUCUUUUGUACACCGCAUAGAGAAAUGCUUCUGUUGGAAUCGCUCAGCAGCCGAGUUGAAUUGAACUAAGUGGAAACUUUGUAGACUACAAGUCAACAACAAGAUGAACAAUAAUAAUUAUAAUGAUAUUGAUAAAUAAAUGUUUAAUUAGAGAAUGUAAA